CGUCAACAUCAGUGCCACGUCAGCCAGUGAGCAGUUCCAUCUCAGCAGGGCCCCGCCAUCAUGGCGGUACCGGUCCUCGGCUUGCCAGGCCAACUGGCCAAUGAGUCGAUUGCCGAUUACCGACAGCGUGUCCAGGCUCAGCUCGCCCUCAUUGAGGCUGAGGAACAGCGGCAGGCAGCAGCCGAGGCUGCCCACCUCCAGGCUGAAGCGGCAGCUGCAGCUGAGAGGCAGCGACUUCAAGCCGAAGCGGAUGCAGAUACCCAGGCUCGCCGCAAGGAAGCCCAGGAACUGCUGCAGCGGCAUGAGGCUGCCACCAUUGACAGGCUCAAGUUCUGGCAUUUCCAACCUAACGGCGACGGCGCGACACCGGAGGAACAACACAAGGAAUUGUUGGCCAAACUCGUGACCAAGUUGGUUUACACAUGUAACCACCUGCAGUCUGAGCUGGCGAAUCUCCAGCGGGCCGUGCGGAACAACAAGGCUCAACACGAGGAUGCAGCACGGGCACUUGAUUCCCGUGUACAGGACUUGGAGCAACCUGCACCAAGACCAGACACUGGCGAGUCCAGCAGCGCACCCUCUAACCACCAACUGGAGGAACGCGUCGACCACGUCGUCGCAAUGCUCGGCAACCUCAGCACCUUCGCUGCGCCAACCACCAUCAGCAAUCAGCUGGAUACUUUGAAGACCGAGGUCCAGCAAUUGCAGCUGCCUCACAAGAAUGGCAACAGCACACAACAUUACAAGAUGCCAACUUUUCAAAUUGAGAAGUUCAAUGACUACACGCAUCAGGACCCGGUCCUCUGGUGGGAAGGUUUCACAACGCAACUUCGGAUACUUCUGGUCCCCAAGCACGCGUAUGUCGGCGCCCUAUUUCUUAACUCAAAGGGUGGAUGCCAGAUCUGGUUAAGCCACCUGGCAUCCACCCACGGCGUUGACGUCGCAGAUCUGAAAGACAAGCUCUCAUGGGAAGAGUUAACACGGCUAUGGAAGAAGCGGUUCAUCGUGGACGACGCACCUGCACUCGCCAUCAACCGUCACUUCGCCAUGACGCAAGGCAACACAGCAACACGUGACUGGCUCACGGAAUGGCAGAAGAUCGCGGCAACACCCGAUCUGGACUUACCAUUUCCGCAUUUGCGCCGCGAGUUCUAUAACAGGUCAUGUGCUGCAUUGAGCCUCGCACUUGGUGAUCGCGAGCAAUAUGCAACCUUCGCUGAGAUCAUGGCAAGGGAGAUCAUCAAGACAAACAGGGCAGCUGCACACGAGAAAUCAGCAUGGCAGCCAACCAAUGUGGAGAAAGUGAGAACUGGUCCGCGUCAGCAGCAUGUUGCUGCAGUCCAACCGGACAACAGUGUGGAAGACCCGGCAGCCACUCCAGCAUCACGUGAGGGAAAUCAGGUGGCUGCUGUCCAGUCGAGAAACAACAACAAAUCCUGCAACAAUGGGAAGGCGAAGACCGCAUCUCCGGCUGGAACUGGACAGCCUGCACCAUGGGUCAAGUUUCACUUGACCGAGGCCGAGUACAAGUACCACGGCCGCUACGAUCGGAGAGGCGACCUGCAGCGCUUUGAUUGCGGAGCAUCUCGCAACUACAUGAGUCACGACUUCAUGGUGCGCGCCGGCCUGGGCCCACGCGUCCGAAGGAAGUCCCAACCCACGCAAGUCACGUUGGCCGACGGUCACACACACAAGUCGAUCGACCGGUGCAUUGAUGAUGUCCCCGUGUACUUUGCCCCUCACGCCAGUGAGGCGGUGUCCUUUGAUAUUCUGAACACCAAAUUCGACAUGAUCUUGGGCAUGUCAUGGCUGCGAAGCGAGGAUCACCCGGUGAACUUCUACCGCCGCACCGCUCACGUUCGUGAUCGGAACGGAGUACUAGUCCCAUGCACGGUGCCUACUCCUCACCCUUCGAUCAGCUGCCACGUGGUGUCCGCCGCAAGCAUGCGAGCUUCCAUCAUCAGAGACGACAUUGAGGAGAUGGGGGUGUGUUUUCUCCACGCCCUCCCGCCCCAUGACGCUUCAUCGACGGACUCAUCUUCAUACCCACGCAUCACCGAGCUUCUCGACGCCUACGGCGACGUGUUUGAGAGCCCGCACGGAGUAGUACCGGAUCGGCCCAUCCGCCACGAGAUCAUCCUCGAGGACGGGGCCGUACCUCCACGCGGUUGCAUCUACCGAAUGAGCGAGGAAGAGUUAAGUGUGCUAAGGGCACAACUCGACGAUCUUCUGGCGAAAGGCUGGAUUCGGCCUAGCUCAUCGCCAUACGGUGCUCCUGUUCUCUUCGUCUGGAAGAAGAACAAGGAUCUGCGGUUGUGCAUCGAUUAUCGUAAGCUCAACGCACAAACGGUCAAGAACGUCGGCCCUCUCCCACGCAUCGACGAUCUUCUCGAAAGAUUGGGCGGCGCCAAGUUCUUCUCCAAGCUCGACCUCAAGUCAGGUUAUCACCAACUCGAGAUCCUGCAAGAGGACCGCUACAAGACCGCGUUUAAGACGCGAUAUGGGCAUUUUGAAUGGCUGGUUAUGCCGUUCGACCUUACGAAGGCCCCAGCCACUUUCCAAGCGGCUAUGACAAUGGAGUUCCGACACAUGCUGGAUCGAUUUGUACUUAUCUGCCUCGACGACAUUCUGGUGUACAGCCGGAGUUUGGAACACCUGCGCACCGUUUUGGAGCGGCUACGACAGGCCAAGUACAAAGCCAACCGCGACAAAUGCGAAUUCGCGCGGCAGGAGCUGGAGUACUUGGGACACUAUGUGACGUCGCAAGGCAUCCGUCCACUUGCGGACAAGAUCGAGGCCAUCCGCGUAUGGCCCGAGCCCACCAACACCACGAACGUUCGUUCAUUCAUGGGGUUGGCGGGCUACUAUCAGCGAUUCAUCACCGGGUACUCACAGAUUGCUGCACCUAUGAUGAGGUUACAGUCGCCAAAGGUGCCAUUCGUAUUCGAUGACGACGCACGCCGGUCAUUCCAAGCACUCAAAACGGCCAUGCUCAUGGCACCCGUCCUUAGCAUCUAUGACCCCACCCUGCCAUAGAGUGGCUACUGACGCUUCCAGCUACGGCAUUGGGGCAGUCUUGGAACAGCACGACGGCGACGAUUGGCACCCUGUGGAGUAUUUCAGCCGCAAAGU